AUGCAAGCGUAUAAAUUUAUCAGAUUCGAUGAAUGGGAAAAACACGACUAUGAAGAUCUUUGGCCGCGAGAUGUGGGCUCCUUACUGACGUAUGUUGCUUGCGGGAGCACAGAUCGGCUGGAGGGGGUCACCCAACCUCACGUCACUACGAACCAUGGUCUCCUUGGUGCAACGACAGGCAACCCGUUGCUCCAAAGCCGAUCCCUUUAGGGCCAAUCUGGCAGUGUCCUUCCCACCGACUCACUCGAGUUCAAGAACAGUGGUAAAUCAGUCUAGAUCUAUGGAUUAUGGCUGCUCAGAGUCAGCAGGCGCUCGAGGAUCUAUAUUUCUUUCCCCGAAACAGACCGUCCAUAGGCUACUAACACCCUGGCAAACCAUAUCCUGAUUCCCGAUUUACGUACACGUGGUAGGGUCAUCAGUCCUUCGCUCGGUCGGUGUGAGUUGCCUCCACUUAAUUGUUUUUUAUGUAUGUCCAUACUUUUUCGUUUAUAUUAGGGUGUUAGAGUUUUUUCCGCCUACAUUGGUUAUCUGUCCAACUGUGAGCUAUGACAAAUAUAAAAUAAUGGAAUUGCUAAUUUUCAAAUUCCUCACCCCAGUUAUAAUAAUACAUUGGUUCUGAAAGAUGUUGUUUUGCUCAGCUUUGGUGGCUUAGUUUGGCUUAGUGACUUUCAGCUCUCCAACUAAGGCAGGAAGGACAGGUUACCCUACGUAUUGGAAAGUAAAGAUCUAUUGGAUGGGUCCGCUACGAAUUAAAUUUCAAUUCGUUUAGGUCAGAUUCUACUAAUACUAAAGCAGAUAACACUUCAACAGACACGCUCUCCAUUUUUCUUAACUUAUUAACGUUAGUUAAGUUUACCUAAAAAAUUUAGGUAAACAGGUUAUAUUUCAACAAUACUAGGUUUGAAUGAAUGAAUAAUUAACCAUCUGCUCAAAUUUAUUGUACAAAAAAGUUUCUUAUAGACCCUGGUUUGAUUCCGCAAAACAAUGCAGGAAAUUUAAGUUUAGUGUUUUUUUGAAAAACUAAGACAUUUUUUAUUGAAUUGGAAGCGAUAAUUAAAAAGAUUUGUGAUUUAAGUAUUUACCCGUGGUAGCAUAGAAAACUUUUCUCUAAAUGGAAGUAGAAUUAAUCUUUGUUAAAACCAUUUUAUGGCAACUUAAAGCGGCUGAACCAUGCAAAGUUCUGUUUUCAUAGAAUCAUGGUGUUGUUUUUAUUUAAAUUGUUUAUAAAAUAUUAAAUUUAUUACAAAUUAUUAUUGAUUUUUUUAUCAUCCUCCUAUUGGAUUACACUUUCAGAAAAUCUUCGUUUUUUAAUCAUUGACAUAAAGGUUUAGUUAGUCACCAUCUAAAACAUAUGGAUCAAUUCCCAUUAUUGAGAUAUGGGUAAAAGGCACUGGUGUACACACAAGCAGCCUUUUAAAAAUAUUAUUUAUAAAUACAAAGUCAGUUCAUAUUUAUAUAAACAUUUCAGCGUGUAAUUCAACAAUAAAUUUAACAUCUUUCAUUGGGAAUAAACACAAUUAUUAUUUUGAGGUCCAUUAUUUGUUUUCAUACUGGAAGAAAUAUAAUGGAAUAUUGCGCUUUUCACAUAGUGUAGUUUAGCUAUUAAUAAAGCAUCGAAGGGAAACAGGAAAUGUUAGUAAAACCAGGUAGUGGCUCCAAAGGGUCACUAUUCCUUAGUAGAAUAGAAAUUUGAUCGUAUUGAAAAAUAUAUUCAUUCUUCACUGUUAGGCAGGUAGGUUACAGCUGCAACGUGCUAACGAGUGAACACUGUUCAAUCAAAAAUUGUCCUCUUAAAUUCCUAUAGGGAGCCCAGCAGUGAUGCCAUUCUCAACCAAGAUUGUUUUGGUGCAACAAGGUGCUUUCGGAUGGAGCUGCCCGAAAUCUGAAACCUCUCUUACCCCCAACGAAACACGGCUGUUGAGGAAACAAACGUACAUUUUAUAUCACUCGCUACAAAAAUUAAGUUCUUUUUAAAAAUUAAAUUUAUUGUAUUUUUUAAAAUGUAUGAAUAAUAAUAUUUUCUGAACAGUUUGUUUUGUAAACCUCUUCCCUAAGAUUUACAUUACUAAUCAUGAUUAUAACUUUUACGUAAAGUUUAACAACACAUCCCUAUUAAUUUUUUAAUAGUUUAUUUGAUUUAAAAUAAAAUCUGCAAUUAAAGAUUGAAAUUAUAACAUAGCAAAAUGUAAGUAUUUUAUUUGUUUAUAUUAUUUAU